AUGAGGGCGCCGAGGCCCGGCCCGGCCCCGGCCCGCUGCCUCCUCCUCCUGGCCGCCUUCCUGGUGGCGGAGGGCUCCCAGCUGGGCGGCGGGGGCCGCCCCAAGCCCAACUCCAUCAAGGCCCCCGCCCCGCCCAAGACGGACAAGCGCCAACAACGCCGCGGCCAGGCCUACCCGUGCAGCAGCGAUAAGGAGUGUGAAGUCGGGAGAUACUGUCACAGUCCCCACCAAGGUUCUUCGGCCUGCAUGGUCUGCCGGCGGAAAAAGAAACGUUGCCACCGGGAUGGGAUGUGUUGCCCUGGUACCCGCUGUAACAACGGGAUCUGUGUUCCGGUUACUGAAAGUAUCCUCACUCCUCACAUCCCGGCUCUGGACGGGACCCGCCAGAGAGAUCGUCAUAAUGGCCACUACUCUAAUCACGAUCUAGGUUGGCAGAAUCUAGGAAGACCUCACUCCAAGCAAUCCCACAUAAAAGGGCACGAAGGAGACCCCUGCUUACGCUCAUCUGACUGCAUUGAAGGAUUUUGCUGCGCUCGUCACUUCUGGACCAAAAUCUGCAAGCCAGUAUUGCACCAGGGAGAAGUGUGUACUAAGCAGAGGAAGAAGGGCUCUCACGGCUUAGAGAUUUUCCAGCGAUGUGACUGUGCUAGAGAACUGUCCUGCAAAGUAUGGAAAGAUGCCACCUACUCCUCUAAAUCCAGACUUCACGUGUGUCAGAAAAUCUGAACGAAAAUGAGGAGAGUGUUACUAGCUGACUGUGAAUUUGUGUAUUUAAUGCAUUACGGCAUGGUGGAAAAUGAGGAGCGUAACCAAGAACAGAAAGUCUAACGUGAGGUUUGGCAUAAGAAUGUGUCACCAAAAGCCAAACGAAAAAGCAGUUUGGAAUGGUGACCGACGAAUGAAAUGGCAGCUGGAGUGUUUCCAUUAUGCAACUUGUUUUAUGUAAAUAAUGUAAACAUCUGUGAAAAAGCUAUUAUUAAAAAAAAAAUGCCCGCAGUGGAAAUUGUUGACAUUUACCCCAUGACUCUCCAAGAAUUUAGCCUUUGUGCCAGAGAUGCCAAGUUACGGAUGGAUAAAUCAUAAUCGUAUGCAAAACUAUAUUUUAAUGGAAUAGUCUUCUUGAAGCACACCAUGAGGUUCUGCAGGCAUUGACGAAAAUAGCAAGAGUGACAGAAAGGGUUAAGGAUGUCUAAUUUGUGAAUCAAGGCCUUCAUUCAAUAUGGAGAACUACUUCCAUGUGCCCCGAGUGAAGGAUGGGGCAGAUGCCAAGGGAGCAGUUAGUUCUUCCUCACCUUAAUUUCAAAAUGGCAGCCGCUCUCCCAGUGGAGAAGGCCAUUAAAGAAGGCAUUUCAUGUUUAAAAUAAAAACUCUUCACAACUUUUCUCUCUAUUCAAAUACCACAGAUAUUCAGUUCCAUUACUAUAUGCUGAAUAAGCAUCCUAUGGUCUAGAGGAGUCCAUAUAUUGUGUUUCACUUAGUCACAACUGUUCUCUUUGAACACAUCUGUAGCAUUUGAUAGCUGAAAAGAAAAAUGGAGAUACCAAACCAAAGUUCCAGGAGAACUUUGGCUAAGAGGAUGAGGGGAAGCUUCCCUUUCUUCAUGACCAGGAGCCCUAAGUCAUUAACAAGGAACUGAAAUUUCUGAUUCUCCAUCUCUCAGAACCAGAUGAACUUGAGAUGUACGCCUUCAAUUCAAGCUGAAAACAAUUGUGAUAAAUUGAUGCAAGACAAGCUCGCCAUUAAAGAUCUGGAACCCUUUUGUGUCGAAGGGAACCCGCAUUGGGAAGAAAGGAUGAGGCCAUGUGAAAGCAAAAAAUUGUCGUCUUGUUAACACGGUGACCAACUCCCUUUUAGAUAAUAAUUACAGUAUUUGGUCGGUGUUUACUAUGUGCCAAGCAAUGGACUGAGCAUUGGGGUAGAUCCCAAAUAACCAUGUUGGGCACGGUCCCUGCCCCACAUGGAGCUCCCAUGUCUCUCUGUAUCAAUUCCUCCCUCUGUCUCUUCAGUCGGAAGCCACGCUUCCGAUCGGGAAAAUGAUGUGUGUACUUUAACCGUGGUAUUGUUAAUCAACUGAUUAUCUGAUUAACCCAUUUUGCUGAAUUCCCCCUUUCUCUGCCCAGUUCUCGACAACAGGGAGAAAGCACCUGCACAAUGAAACAAAUCUUUCUUCUAAAACCAGGUUUUGAGAUACCUGGAUAUAGAUUACCAAUCACUCACUCCUUCAUCUCCCACUCUCUGCACCGAUUUCCCCACCUGCUGGUUCAAAUUCCAGUUCUCCCCUGGAUUUUGAAUCUCCGUCUGCAUUAUCUCGUAGGAAUUCCAGCUCUCCAGUCACGUGCCGCCAUCCAAAUGAUCAUAAAAAAAUGUAUGGAUUCCCCCAUCCUCUCCCCAGUCUGGAGACACACGGAUGGCUUGUUUGCCCAUCGAUGCAAUUCUGUAAGUUUGGAGAAGUGAAACCGCAGCACAUCAGCAAAACGUUUUCUAUGCAGCAAUUACAUUUAUUCACCAGCUUCUGCAUGACCUCCUUUAUGGCCAUCCUUCCCUCCCUACCCUUCAAAAAGUUAUUAUUUGAAAUAAUUUAUUUACAGGAAAUGUUUAAUGAGAUGUAUUUUCUUAUAGAGAUAUUUCUUACAGAAAAGCUUUGUAGCAGAAUAUAUUUGCAUCCCGUUGACUUUGUAAUUUAGGGGGAAAUGUAUAAUAAGAUUAAAUAUAUUAAAUUUCUCUUUUUCCAAAUACCAUA